CUUAUAAUUCAUUUGAUCAAUUCUUCUUAUUUACAAUCAUUCAUCAAACCUAAUCCAAAAAUUCAACACCAAAACCCCACCACUAUAUUCAACUAUCAUAAUCAAAUUUUCAUAUUUGAUUAGGUGAUCUUAAAGUCAUUAAUUAAACAUAAACUAACAAUUUUUCUGUUGAUUUAAUAUUUUUGUCAUCUAGUGAAAAUCUAGUGAAACAUCUGGCAAUAACAAACAAUUUCGUGUCAACAAACUCACAAAUGUUGAAAAAACUAAGACACAAAUUAACCACAAAACUUAGCAUUAGAACAUUGAACAGAAAACCAAAACCCUCCAAACCCUAUAAAACCUAUGAAACAUCACCACAACCACAACAACAACCUCAGUUAACACUGCCAGUGCAACCACCAUCUCCAACAAUGCAUCAUUUCACCAAAAAAACCAAACCUUUCCUAUUCCCACAGACUCAUUCCACGGUCCUCCCUGACCCCACAAACUUCUUCUCUCCAAAUCUGCUAUCCACACCCCUCCCCACAAACUCUUUCUUCCAAAACUUUGUUCUCAAAAAUGGUGACCAACCUGAAUACAUUCAUCCAUAUCUCAUCAAAUCUUCAAACUCAUCACUUUCUCUUUCUUACCCAUCUCGUUUCUUCAACUCUUCUUUCAUAUACCAAGUUUUCAACCCUGAUCUCACCAUAUCCAGUCAAAAAAUCGAACCUUUAUCUCAUUCCAAUCACAAAAUCUCUUCUUACAAUGAUCUCAGUGUUACAUUGGAUAUACCUUCAUCAAAUCUGCGGUUUUUUCUUGUUAGAGGAAGUCCCUUUUUGACAUUCUCUGUAACACAACCAACACCUCUUUCAAUCACAACAAUCCAUGCAAUUCUUAGUUUUAGUUCUAAUGAUUCUCUUACAAAGCAUACUUUUCAGUUUAACAAUGGUCAAACAUGGAUUUUGUAUGCUUCUUCUGCUAUAAGAUUGAGUCAUGGUGUUUCUGAGAUUGUUUCUGAGGCUUUUUAUGGUGUGGUUAGGAUUGCUUUGUUGCCUGAUUCUGAUUUCAAGCAUGAAGAUGUUCUUGACAGGUUUAGUUCUUGUUACCCUUUAUGUGGUGAUGCUGUUUUUACAAAACCAUUUUGUGUUGAGUAUAAAUGGGAGAAGAAAGGUUGGGGGGAUUUAUUAUUGUUAGCACAUCCUCUUCAUGUUCAGCUUUUGUAUGAUAGUGAUUGUGAUAAUGUUACUGUUUUGAAUGAUUUUAAGUAUAGAAGUAUUGAUGGUGAUCUUGUUGGUGUUGUUGGUGAUUCAUGGUUGUUGAAAACCGAUCCGGUUUCUGUAACUUGGCAUUCUACUAAGGGUGUUAAAGAAGAAUCUCAUGAUGAGAUUGUUUCCGUUCUUUUGAAAGAUGUUGAAGGUUUGAAUUCGUCUGCAAUAGCGACGAAUUCGUCUUACUUUUAUGGCAAGUUGAUUGCUAGGGCUGCUAGGUUGGCUUUGAUUGCUGAAGAGGUUUGUUUCCUUGAUGUGAUUCCGAAAAUUAGGAAGUUUUUGAAGGAAACUAUUGAGCCUUGGCUUGAUGGAACUUUUAAUGGAAAUGGAUUUCUCUAUGAUGGAAAAUGGGGAGGAAUUGUUACCAAACAAGGGUCUAAUGAUACUGGUGCUGAUUUUGGAUUCGGAGUUUAUAAUGAUCAUCAUUAUCAUUUAGGAUACUUUCUCUAUGGAAUUGCUGUGCUUGCAAAGAUUGAUCCAAUUUGGGGUAGGAAGUAUAAGCCUCAAGCUUAUUCACUCAUGGCUGAUUUUAUGAACUUGAGCAGAAAUCCGAACUCGAAUUACACCCGUCUAAGGUGUUUCGAUCUUUUUAAAUUGCAUUCGUGGGCCGGAGGGUUAACUGAGUUCGGAGAUGGAAGAAAUCAAGAGAGUACUAGUGAAGCUGUGAAUGCAUACUAUUCAGCAGCUUUGAUGGGUUUGGCAUAUGGCGACACUCAUCUCGUUGCAGUUGGAUCGACACUUACAUCAUUGGAAAUUCAUGCAGCUCAAAUGUGGUGGCAUGUAAAAGGUGGAGAUAAUGUUUACGACGAGGUUUUUGCGAAAGAGAAUAAGGUGGUUGGUGUUCUUUGGGCUAACAAGAGAGACAGUGGAUUAUGGUUUGCUCCUCCUGAAUGGAAAGAAUGUAGGCUUGGGAUUCAGCUCUUACCAUUGCUUCCAAUUUCUGAAUUCUUAUUUUCAAAUGUUGAUUUUGUGAAGGAACUUGUGGAGUGGACAUUGCCUGCUUUGAAUAGGGAAGGUGUUGGAGAAGGAUGGAAAGGGUUUGUCUAUGCCUUGGAAGGAGUUUAUGAUAAUGAAAGUGGAUUGAAGAAGAUAAGAAGCUUGAAUGGUUUUGAUGAUGGAAACUCAUUGACUAAUCUCUUAUGGUGGAUUCAUAGUAGAGGUAAUGAAGAUGAGGAGUUUGGUCAUGGAAAACACUGCUGGUUUGGUAAUUACUGUCAUUAGGAGUAUUUGUUAAUGAUUUCAAAUUCCUGCUUUGUACCAAUUUAUUGCUGUAGUUAACAGAUGCUUGUUAUAAUUUGUUUGUGAAUAAAGUAUGUUGUGUUUGCUUAUGAA